GAUGACUCCAUGGCUGUCCGGGACAUCCUGUCCUCCCCCUUCGGCGAUUACUUGGUUCUGUCUUUUUUGGGGGUGGGCUCCUAUGGAAAAGUCGCCAAAUGCAUAAAGUCAGCCACUCAGGAAAAGGUGGCUGUGAAGAUAAUCCGCAGCCCAAUAACAGAAGGACAGAAGGAGUUGGCUAUCCUGCAACAACUGAGACUUUUUGAUCCAGACAGAUUCAACUUCAUCAGACACGGUGACUCUUUUACCAACAAAGAAAGACUUUGUAUUGAGUUUGAAAUUCUGGACAUGAAUCUGUGGGAUUUCCUGGCGAAAAAACCUCUCCACGUUCUGUCUGUGAAAGAAAUCCGCCCAAUCCUGCACCAGAUGGCCACAACACUACAACUCCUGAGGAGCCUGGGAGUUGUGCAUGCAGAUCUCAAGCCAGACAACAUAAUGAUGGUGGACCAUGUAAAUCAGCCGCUGAAGGUUAAGAUGAUUGACUUCGGUAUGGCCAGUCACGUCUCUCAGAUAGAGUGUGGCACAUACAUGCAGCCGCGCAGUUACAGGUCUCCUGAGGUAAUCCUGGGACUUCCCUUCACAACAGCCAUUGACAUGUGGUCUCUGGGCUGCAUCGCUGCGGAGCUGUUCCUGGGCCACCUGCUGUACCCUGGCAGCACCGAGUACAACAUACUACGACAAAUGAUGCAGAUUCAAGGUCAACUGCCGCACAAACUUCUAAAGGAUGGCAUGAAAACCAGAUGCUUUUUCCGAAAAAUAAAGGGCCACAGACACCGCUGGAGAUUAAAGACAUACGUUGAAUAUGGAGAAGCAACUGGAAGCAAGGGCCUUUUCAAUUCCCUGGAUGAUUUGAAAAAGAUUAGACCAACCUGCCAUCUGUCAGAUGAGGACACCAUGGCAGAAGAGGAAGACCUGGAUAAGUUUGUUGAUUUGCUCAAGCAGAUGCUUCAUCUGGACGCCGAUAAACGGAUAACGCCGAGUCAGCUCCUUGAGGAUCCCUUCAUCACCAUGGGCGACCUCGUUGACAGUUUCCCCGACAGCUUCUAUGUGAAAUCAUGCUGCGAGGUGAUGGGAGUCUGUCGGGAUCAGACUUUGAGCUCUGAUAACUGGGACCAGCAGCCUCAGGCCUCUACCAGCACCGCCAGCCUGGACAAGUACAACAUCCCUGGACAAGUCACUCCUGCUUGGCACACUCGCCCGGAGCACCCUCUCGUUCUGGGCAUUGCAUCAGACGUCUCCAGUAGCCUCUCCAUCCACGAGGACCAGGGCCUGGAAAUGGCCCCGCCAGAGAGCAAGAGUUUGAAGACGGAUUUAAUUGAGGCACAAGCAGGUAAGAUAAACACAUUUCAUCCAUGCAGAUCUCCAAACAGCUAUUCGCCAAAGAGGAAGGUGAUGAAGAUGAGCCUGGUAAAUGACUCAAAGGAGACUCCAAUCGAAGCUCUGGCCAGUGAGGCUGAAACUAAACCUUGCAGGAAAAGGACACGAGCCACUUUUGAAGCCUCCCACAGUGGGUCAAGAUCUCAAAACAGCUACUCGCCAAAGAGGAAGGUGAUGAAGAUGAGCCUGCUGAUUGACUCAAAGGAGAUUCCAAUCGAAGCUUCCGCUAGUAAGGCUGAAACUAAACCUUGCAGGAAAAGGACACAAGCCACUUUUGAAGCCUCCCACAGUGGGUUAAGGUCUCCAAACAGCUACUCGCCAAAGAGGAAGGUGAUGAAGAUGAGCCUACUGAAUGAGCUAGAGGAGACUCCAAUCGAAGCUGCGGCCAGUAAGGCUGAAACUAAACCUUGCAGGAAAAGGGCACGAGCCAUUUUUGAAGCCUCCCACAGUGGGUUAAGGUCUCCAAACAGCUGCUCGCCAAAGAGGAAGGUGAUGAAGAUGAGCCUGCUGAAUGAGUUAGAGGAGACUCCAAUCAAAGCUCUGGCCAGUGAGGCUGAAAGUAAACCUUGCAGGAAAAGGAAACUGGAACCUUUUGAAGCCUCCCACAAUCUCCAUGCAGCAACCCAGCAAAGAAGAGGAGGAUUGUGA